GAACAGGAAGCCACAGCAUUGGUCUGUGUUCCGCUUUCCAUGUUGGACCCAGUUUUCCCUCAUCGCAUUUCCCACGGGGUUGGAUUAGCUGGUCUCGGGGUAGCCGGGGGUGACGUCAAGCCUUCCCUGACCAAGGCGAUCGGCGCCCGCAAUGCUUUUUUUUCUUUCAUGUAUUACAAGUGUGUCAUCGGCUUAUUCAAGUCCUGGGGGUUUGUGUUCCUUCAAUACCGUCAUUGACUGUUUCGAUGGUCGUCGAUGUGGUCAUGCUAAUGCAUCUGAACAUGUAGGGGGAAAUAAGCAGUUAAUGAUCACGUUUCCCCUACUUUCCAGAAGGCUGUAUCGAAACCCGUCGUUGAUCGAGCGCCAUCACAUAAGCCAAGCGGCAAUACACAGGCUUUCAGCAAGCAAAGCCUCAAGACUUCCACUAGGACUGUUAAUACACGAAUUUGUGAUCACCAUUCCGCCACCAACAGGGUGGUCGAACCUCCCGGUCUCACAUAGAUAAUUGGAUUGACCCCUGGCUAGUGUCUCGUAGGUGGAGAUGGCGAGGUCAACUUCAAUGAAGCACAAAACAAUUUUGGUAGUCGGCACCGAUACGAAGCAACAACCAACCAUAGGCUGUUGCUACAGCUGUUAUGUAAAAUUUUGAAUAAACCAGGAAUGUUGAAGGAUUCCAGCCUACUUAGC